CCUAUCACAUCCACUCGUUUGCCUGCUUACAGUGCUUGAACACCCGGGGCGACUUAACCAGUGCCCCGGUGUGAAACGCACAAGACUUGGACACAGCGGCAUGGAACUUAGGAGUCCUAUGACGGGGAUUUAACUGUAUUUUCGCGUUUAGCCGAGACAGCACACAGCACGAUGAUAUGCAAGGUGCUCUGACUGCUCUCAAGAACCAUCUGAAGGAUUCCAAACCAAUGAGCGGGGUUUGAAUAAGGGGCUGUGUUUUUCUUUUUGUAUGGAAACAUCAGAAGAACUAUUAUUCACUCACUGUUCAUGGAUUGUUUUUGGUUUACUGUCGCACUGAUUUAAGAUAACUCUAUCCCAGCAUUAAGUUAAUGUGUGUUGCGAACAGCUGGGAUAACACACAGCGGCUUCAGUCCUCAGUGACUUGUUUGGUUCUUGCAUGUCUGUGGAGAUGUGCUUAAUGUUUUCGUAUUCAAAAUUAAUAAAAUGAAAAUUUUAACAUUUGGACAGCGCACGUGGCUGUAGCUCGACUAUAGGAACAAAACUGAAGCUUCUGUUUCUAAGGAGGAACAGUUGACUUUCCUCACUUUCGGGGAAAAUACUGUGGCUAAAUCAAGAAUUUGCGCGGAAGCCGUGGAUCUUUACUAUGUCAGAAUGGGUCCGCUAGCGUACAUCUUACUUUGUGGAUUAUUACACUUUCAAGUCGACGGAUCCCGUCUUCGCCAGGAGGACUCCCCUCCGCGGAUACAGGAGCACCCCUCUGACCUGAUCGUGUCCAAGGGGGAGCCGGCCACCCUCAACUGCAAGGCGGAGGGCCGGCCCACCCCGACGGUGGAGUGGUACAAGGACGGCGAGCGCGUGGAGACCGACAAGGACGACCCGCGCUCCCACCGCAUGCUGCUGCCCAGCGGCUCGCUCUUCUUCCUGCGCAUCGUCCACGGCCGCCGCAGCAAGCCCGACGAGGGGGCGUACGUGUGCGUGGCCCGCAACUACCUGGGCGAAGCCGUCAGCCGCAACGCGUCGCUGGAAGUAGCCUUACUGCGGGACGACUUCAGGCAGAACCCCACGGACGUGGUGGUGGCGGCGGGGGGAACCGGCCAUCCUGGAGUUGUGUCCCGCCCCGCGGUCACCCGGAGCCCACCAUCUACUGGAAGAAGGACAAAGUGCGCAUCUGAUGAGAAGAUGACCGGAUUAAGAUUCGAGGAGGGAAGCUGA